CAUUGGUUCAAGUUCAUCAAACAGCAGGCUGCGGCCCUAGCCGAGGAAGGAAUGGAGAGAGUGAUGGCCAUCUCGGAAGAUACGCAAGCCCAAGUGUUAGCAUAUAACCUGGACUAGGCAGAGAAAGGACUGUCAUCUGCAGUAGAAGCUGUCUUCAAUAACUGGGGCCAGAGAUGUCUUGGCCCGCGCCCAUCUUUGCGGUGGGUAACAGAACGAUGCCCACGGAACUCCCGUUUGGGUGGGACAACAGCAAAAGUCAAGCUGAACCGAACAGGACUGGCAAUGGAUUUCGAUAUACGAUGCAUUUAAUGCGCCAAGGAAUUCGCGCUAUAUGAGCUUUUCCAGUCCUAUGGGGUUUUAUCAGACGAUGAUGAUACUGGAACGAUUUGCAUGCACGAGGACUGCUCUCAUCCGCGGCUGUACCGUGUGCUCUACUGCUCAGUCCACAUCCUCUCCCACACAGUAUCAGGUUCAACCAAGGCUUGCAAGCCAGAGCAUCAAGGCUUCGUCUCGCAACAACUUCAGACACCGGGAAACUGGAAAAUAGACAAGUCAUCAAAUUUCGAGCCUUUCUUAAACCGACAGAAGCUCUCCGCUAAAUCCAGGUUCUUUGCCCUAGAUAUAGAAGGGUAUAUAUCGAGAAAACCCUCGGUUGUCGAGCAAGCUGCUGCUGUCAGUAUCGAUUCCAUUAACGGCGAAGAUGGUAAGAUCCUCUUCAAUGUCAAUAUUAAAGGCCCUUCGGUUGAUCAGGGCAGUAAGCAAUACCCAACAGCUGCCAAUCAGGAUUUUGCGACCAAUCUCCUCAAAUUUGGGACCCAAGAUUACUGGCAAUAUAACAAGGAGACCUUGUCGGGAGAACGAGUUGACCUUAUGCGAGCGGUGGCCAUUAUCCAAGAUAGCGGCAUCACAUGCCAGGACUAUGUUGUUGUCUGGCAUAAAAAUUACGCUGAUGUCAGAGCACUGAGACACCUAUUCUCGCGAACCGGUAUCCAAGAUAUUCUUCCUCCUGAUGACCAUGUCAUUCGACUGAAUUACCUGUUCCGACACAAUCUCAAUAUUCCAAAAGGGAUGAUGUGUUCUCUCGAGCUUCUCUUCAGCAUCGUCUUUCCAUUGCAUCCACUGAGGUUCACUCACCAUGAUGCUUUAAUAGACAGCAGGAAAACUGUUCUUAUGGCUCUUUUUGCAGAGAAACUUUGCAAAGGGGAGUAUACUACAACUAUAAGAGGCUUAGGACUUUAA